AUGUCUGCCCCGGUUCAUAACAACGACGUUGCUGCCGAGCAGGCUUACAAGGAGGGACAUACGAAUGGCCAUCAUCACCAUGGGCCUGCGAACGCUGGACCCGGGGGAACGGUGCCUGUGCCAAAACCUCACCAGUCGAUGGUCUCUCAGGUGUAUGAUCCUCAAUUCUUCAAGAUUGCCAAUCCUGGGCCAUUGGGUCUGAUUAGCUUCGCCCUUACUACCUUUGUGUUGGGACUGUACCAGUGCGGCGCUGGAUUACCCAAUUCCAACCCCCUGGGAGACGUUGGCCCCGACCAAGCCGUCUUCGGACUGGCAGUCUUCUUUGGCGGCGCCGCCCAGUUCGUCGCGGGCAUCAUGGAAUUCCGCGUCGGCAACACCUUUGGCACGACGGUGCACUGCUCCUACGGCGCCUUCUGGCUCGCCUUUGCCAUGUUCCUCGUCCCGUCCCUGGGCAUCAAGGAGGCGUAUGCGGGUGACGCCCGCGCGUACAGCUUCGCCGUCGGCAUCUUCUUGAUCCUGUGGUGCUUCCUCACGCUGUUGUUCUUUGUGGCCGCGCUGCGAACCAACAUUGCUAUUCUGGUGGUGCUGGGCCUGCUUGUCUUGGCCUUCUUCUUCCUGAGCAUCGCCCAGUUUAUUUCGUCUUCGCACAUGACGGCUGCGGUGAGGGUGAAUCGUGCGGGCGGUGUGUUUUCCGUGUUGUGUGCUUUGUCUGCGUUUUAUGCGGGCGGUGCUGGGCUCAUGACGCCGGCUACGACUUGGGUUCGGUUUCCGUUGGGUGAGUUUGAGAGAGCGCCUGCUCAGACGAAUCCUGCGUAA